UCACAACCAACUCUUCCACCCACUCCUUGCUAAUUCCUCUUCAGAAAUCACUCUCAUUUGUCUCCACUACCUCAACUUUCCUUAAUCACAGUUUCGCCCCAAUAUUCUUUAAAUUCCUCUUCAUUUUCGUCCCUCUGAUCACCAUAAUUACUCAGCAACUGCAGCGACAACCACCAUGUGUGGCGGUGCUAUCAUCUCCGACUUCAUCCCUGCCACCGCUGCUGGCCGAUCCUCGCGACGGUUGACAGCGGACUUUCUCUGGCCUGAUCUAAAGAAGCCCAUUGGGAAAAUCGUUGGUGACCUUGACGAUGAUUUCGAGGCUGAUUUCCAGGAGUUUAAGGAUGAGUCUGAUGUCGAUGAGGAAGAUGACGUUUUGUUUGAUGUCAAGCCUUUCUCUUUCUCUGCUACUGCUUCUCCUCCUCCUCGCAAUCGCAGUCCUUCACGUGGUUCUACAGCUGUAAAGUCUGUGGAAUUUAAUGGGCUAGCUGAAAAAUCUGCAAAGAGAAAGAGAAAAAACCAGUACAGAGGAAUCCGGCAGCGCCCAUGGGGAAAAUGGGCUGCUGAGAUUCGUGACCCCAGGAAAGGGGUGCGUGUCUGGCUAGGAACAUUCAAUACUGCUGAAGAAGCUGCAAGAGCGUAUGAUGCUGAGGCACGUAGAAUUCGUGGCAAGAAAGCUAAAGUGAACUUUCCUGAUGAAGCUCCACGUGCUUCCCCAAAGCGGACAAUGAAGGCAAACCCUCAGAAACCACUUCCUAAGAGAAAUGCUACUGAGAGUAUGAGUUACUUGAACAAUCCAGAUCAGGACUACUUCAAUACUUUGGGCUCUGUUGAUGAGAAACCACUAGUGAGCCAGUUUGAUUUGAUGGACUCUUUUCCUGCCAAUGGAGAUGCUACAGUCAAAUCUAUUCCUCCAUGUGAUAAUGUUCCCACGUUUUUCAAUUCUGAUCAGGGAAGCAACUCAUUUGAAUGUUCCGACUUUGGAUGGGGGGAGCAGGCCUCAAAGACUCCUGAAAUCUCAUCUGUUCUUUCAGCUACUCCAGAAAUUGAUGAAUCACUUUUCAUGGAUGAUGCUAACCCUAAAAAGAAGAUGAAGUCUGACUCUGAAAAUGCAGUUCCUAUAGAAGAAAGCAAUGGAAAAUCUCUAUCAGAGGAGUUGUUGGCUUUUGACAACCAGAUGAACUUUCAGAUGCCUUAUCUUGAGGGAAGUUGGGAGGCUUCACUUGAUGGCUUCCUUAAUGGAGACGUGACUCAGGAUGGUGGAAAUCCAAUGGACCUGUGGAGCUUUGAUGACCUCCCUAAUAUGGUUGGGGGAGUUUAUUGAGCAAAAUCAUAAUUGCCGGUUGGCUUCUGUAAAUAAGGCUACAUGUUAGGAUGGUUUUCUCUCUGAAAUGUAUUACAAGCACAUCUGAACAUGCUUAAUCCUUUGAGGAGAGUGUCCUAGGGAGCUUUUGGUACAAGAGUUGUAGUAAAUAGGAAUAUUUAGUUUCCCUUUUACAUUUUGAGACACUGGACUUGGGUUGUUCAAUUUAAUAACUGUAAUUGACAAUGUGCGUGUGAUUUGUGUUUAAAACUGAUAUAAAUUUUAUCUCUACUGUUGUUUUUACCAA